AUGGAUUCGGGCGAACCGUCGUGUUCGACGCCUACUUUCAACCCAAAUGACUUGAUUUGGGCCAAAAUGAAGGGAUUUCCACCGUGGCCGGCCAAGGUAAGCCGCAUUUUACACGUUGGGCUGGUUUCUGUAAUUUUCGUUAUGGGGCUAUUCAGCGUAUGUUUGUUUUCCGUUUUUUUUCGUUUUUUUGCAUCGUUGAAUUGGAUUUUUUGACGUAAAAAAACGAAAAAAACGGAAAACAAUCAUUUUUUUCACAGCCUGAAUAACCCCAUUAUGAAAUUUGUUAUUUUAUAGUGUUUUCUAUGUUGCUUGAACAAAUUUCAAUAUAUUUUUCUAAAAUUUUCUCUGAAAACUAUGAUUUUCUGGUUUUCUGCCAAAUUAUGUUCAAAAUUAAGGUUUUAUGAGGUUGAGGCUAUUUUUUGCGCUGCAGUUCCAAAAAAAGCUAUAACAACAGGCAUAGAAGCAUGAAUUUUACCAGUUUUUAUCGAAAACCCCACAAAAGCCUAAGAUUUUCAUCAAAUUCCGCCAUUUGCAGGUUCUCGAAUGCAGCGAAGACACUCCGGCCCGCCGCAUUCCCGUAAUGUUCUUCGGAACCCUCGAGACCUCCUUCAUGAAGCCCACCGACCUCUCCGAUUAUCUCUCAAACAGAGUAAUCCACGAAAUUCCGCGAAAACAAAAGGAUUUCAACAAGGCCGUCCAAGAGAUUCGCAAGGCCGCAGGCCUGGAAACGGACGCCGACGAGGCCAAUUUUCCAACGAUCGAGAAGAAGAGCCCACCGAGUUCGCCGAGCACAGGACGCAAAAGACAGACGAGCGGACGCUUCCUCGACGCGAUCAUGGCCGGAUCCGAUCCGAUUCGGAUGCGGGGCCAACGAUCCAGAACGGGAUCCACAAAGUUAGUGGGGGGAACUUCAACAAAUGAUUUUAUUACAAUCUGCACUGAAAAACCAUAAUUUUCUUUAUAGAACUCGUUCGCGAGCGUCCUCGAACGCGUCCGCAUCGAAACUAAUGCUCGAUAUGCUACGGAAAGAACGUCGUCGACUCGACAGUGAAAGUUCGCACGGAUCGAAACGGAAACUCCUCAAUAACGCCCUUCUGGGCUCGGGCACUCUCGGCGGAAACGGCGGUGCUUCGAAUUCGGAGCUCUAUAACGAUUACGCCGAUUCGACAGACUUUAACGCUCUCUUCGGCGACGCGAUUCUCGGAAACUUUGAUUUGAACGACGAGACAAAGUCGUGGAAGUCGAAGCGCUCGCGCGGCAGUUCCAAAGUGUUUGACGACUUUUUUGGGCGGUCCCGCAACAGAUCUGGCUCCGCGUCGGGCCGCCGCUCCCGAAUGAUUAGUCUUUCUGGCUUUUCGGGCGUCUCGGACAUGUUCGACGAGCUGUUCAACAAUCCGGCCGAGCUGGAGCACCAGGCUGAUCAGCUCAUGCUUUCCCUGAAUAAUCUGCCGUCGGAGGAUUCGAUCGACCGCCCGUUGUCACCCGAAAUGCUCAAUUUGAACCCGAUGCUCGCGCCGGCCGUUGAAUUCUGCGAUUCGUGUGGAUACGAGUGCCGACUCGUGAACGGAGCAUGGAAAUGCAAUUCGAGCCACUGCGGAACCAUCAAAACCCAAGGAACCAGUGGAUCAAUGACUAUGGGACGGAUAAUGGAGGACCAGGCACUCGCGAAAAUGCCAAAAAUUGAGAUUAAAACGGAGGAGCCCGAAGAGUUGCCGAGCAAACGGGUACGGAAACCGAAGAAACAGACGGACGAGGAGGAGUCGGACGAGGAGGAGCCGCGCAGAGGGCGCCACAAGGAGAAGAAGAAGAAGAGGGUUCAGGUGAGCUCAGAAAUUUGGUGCUAGAAAUCGUGCAAACCGCCCGUUUUCUGCAGGUUCUGUCCCCGCGUACUCCAGCAGACGCGGCGGCGACUCCGGCGACUCCGUCGCAGGUGCUGCUCGGCCGAUCGAACUCUCCGACGUCGAGUUCUCUUCGAAUACGGGACCGUGCACGGCCGAAACACUAGUAAGUCCCCUCUCAUUUGCAUUCAUUUCAACGUGGACGGACACACGUCAACACUGAUAAAGUGGUUACAGCAAAGUGGAGAAGACGCCGCCCAUCUCGGCCACCGGACACCGCCACUGCGUCAACUGCAACGGACAGGUCCGCCCGCAAAUGUGCGGAGGAAACCGACAUCGGUACGCCCUUUUUUUUGAAGUUUUUAGGUUCAUUAUCACCAGAAACAUUGCAGAUGGCGUUGCGUUGACAAAAAGUGCCGUAAAUGGUACGGAUGGGUGCGAUCGCACGAGGAAAUUCCCAAAAAUACGGGACGCAAAAAGAUGGCCACCUUCAAAUCGCCCGUCACGAAACCGGCGAAAGCGAGCAAAAAAAAAGGUGCGUUUCUGGGAUUUUGAGCGCGAAAAUUUCAAUUUUCAAGAGAUUUCAGAGGAAGAAGAGGAGGUCUACCCGAUAAUGAAGAGGAAAGUGGGCCGUCCGUCGAAGAACGACAUCAAGAUCCGGCUGAAAAUGCAAAAGGAGGUGGAGGAGAAGCAGGCGGCGGCGAACGCGGCACGGGCGGCCGCCGCUGCCACCCUCUCCGCGUCUUCCGCACUCGUUCCGGAUCCUUCCGCGCCGUCGACCUCGUCCGCAACGGCUUCCGCGGCGCCCGUUCCGCACCAGAGACGCAAGUAUACGAAGAGGAAGAAGGACGGAAUGGGCGGCACGACGGCCACCUCCAGAACCGAUUUCAGUACGUACGAUGAGGAGGCCAAGAAGAGAGGUGGGAAUGAGCAGGAAAAAGAAAUUUAGCUCUGCAUCUGAAAUGAUAUGCAAAUGUUAAUUGAAAAAAUGCUAGGAAGAAUGAUAAUUUUAGGAAUUUGGUAAAAAUUGAUAAAAACAUGUAUUGCAGCGGCCUCGCCACUUCCGGAGCGAUCGGCCGCGUACCGCCCGUGUGCGAUGGAGAAAAGAGCGCGUUGGUGGACGGGCGAGAAGAGGCGAGUGGACGUGUCGCCCGAGAGAGAGUUCGGAACGUCGCCGGCCGAUUCUGCGGCCGCAUUCCGGAUGAUGGCCCACGCGGUCAGGUCCGCCGCCGUUACCAGGUCUGUUUGCGCUCUCAAAAUGCACUCAUGUGCACUAAAUUUGAUGAAUUGUCGUCCGAAAUCGUGGAAAUUGCAUGGAUUUGCUCUAAAUUUACUCAAAAUUAAUAGUUUGUGUGCUUUUAGGCCAGAAACCGUAGCUUCAAAUGCUUUUGCACAGACAAACGGUGAGCAAUGUUGUAACGGUGUUUUUCCACUGAAAAUCGAGGCUGUGGUUUGUGAAAUUUGGGUUUUUGCUUGAAAACCUUCAAUGAGAACUGAAUCCUGAAAUAUUUGUUUGAGAGAGAGAGAAAAAAAGCACAAAUCUACUCCGAAAUGUUACUCCAAUUUUGCAGAGCUGACGAAGUGGGAACGGUGAACGGAUCGCUCGACCUGUUGAUGGACUCGUUGCUCGGAUCAAUCGGACCGCUUCUGGCGAACGUGAUGAAGCUUCCGCAGUUCCAGAACGAGAAACAACUGUCGCAGCAGCUGUGGAACGCCUCCGCAGUCCACAUUCCCACUUUUCAGUAG